AACAACGCCUGCCCAAAUGACAUCAACACUCAAUGCGUUGGGAUGAUGUGCAUGUGUAAACCUGGCCUCAACAGAGUCAAUGGGAUUUGCGGCGCAGCACCUGGCUCGUCUGGGACCGCAUGUGCAAGCGGGGUAUGCUUGGACAUCAAUGCAAACUGCCUUAGCUCACAAUGCACAUGUCGAGCAGGAUUCUCAAGAGUCGCGGGAACGUGCGUACGAGACGGUAAGGUCGGUGGAAAGUGUGUGAGUACCGCCUGCCCCAACGAUGUCAACGCCCACUGCUCGAACGGGGUGUGCCUGUGCAAAGCUGGCUUCAGCAGAAUCGGGGGAUCGUGCAGAGCAGUCGGUCAGCUACAUGGUAUGUGUUCUGGUGCUUUGAUGAAUCUCUGCCCCGGGGACAGCAAUGCCGUGUGCGAGAACAUGGUCUGUGUGUGCAAGCCAGGAACCACUGCCAUCGACGGUUCAUGCGUACAAGAUGGACGCUUGGGAGGGAUCUGCGCCACGUCAUGUCUUAACGAGAGCAACACUGUCUGCACGAACGGAACUUGCGUCUGUGCGUCGGGAUAUACUGAACACAACGGCAUGUGCACCAGAAACGGUGCUUAUGGUGGCAUCUGCGUCAGUGGCAGGUGUCCAGACACCAGAGGCGCCUCGUGCGUGAACGGCUGGUGCGUUUGCAGCUCGAGUCAGGUCCCGUACAGAGGCGCAUGUCCUCGGAUCCGAGUCCCUAACCGUCACCAUCACCAUAAAUGAAAGCGUUUGCAAACAGUGUGCGACAGAGUUGAAGAAUUCAAAUAAGCAAACCUUCAACAAAAACUCUAAAAUGAUUCAAGUUCUAAGUUGGGUGUUUUCGUUUCAAUAUAAAUGUUUUCUUGACGAAAGUGAGUGAAAACUGUUUUAAAUUCAAAAGUUUAUAUUUUUAUUUUUAAGAAUCGUGUUUGUCAUACCCAUCUGAAGCAUUCCGAGUGUCACUUAUCGACAAUGGCACAUCCAAAAUUUGGGAACAAAAAUUAUUAUUAAGCACGAACAUUAUAUGAAACAUCUGAGUUAUUUUGAAUUCUUACUUGACUGUUUCACACUGCGCCAACCUGUGUAAAUAACGGAAAAUAAAAACUAUUAUCGGCAUGACAUUGACAUUGUUUGUCAUUUUAGAUCAUGGCAAAAUUAUGA